CACUCCGGCCAUGUCUCCGUGUCGCUCGGAUACUCAAUCUUCAUGAGGUGUAUGUUGUCCUGACGUUGUCUCCCUAGUCAUGCUGUAUAAAAGCACAGUGCCGCAUCCUCAAACGUCAAACUCCAUUCGCUUCCCUUUACUCUGAAAAGCUUCAAUGUCUUCGAGCCUUGACCAUAGAUUUCCCUCGCCCAUCGGAGGCCUCCCUUUCCCUCACGAUUUUUUACCAGCCUUACUUUUUACCAUACUUUAUGCUCUCACCGGUUUGGUCGCGGCCUACCGAAUGAUGGCUGGACGGUCACGAACCCAUGUAAUCAUCGGCACUACGAUAUUUACGGUCGAGAGGAUUAUCGACCUAGCCAUACGCGCCGCCGAAGCUGAGAAGCCUAGCAUCCACACCGCUUCGUUCUUCGUUGGCUGGCUGCAGAGUGCCUACGCCCUGGGUUUCCUCGGCACGACGCUGGACCUCAGCAACCUCGCACGGCUUUUCGUCGUGAAAACAACAGAAGACGUCCCCAGGAUCAUUAUCGAGCUUCCGUCGACUCAUUAUCUUUCCCUCAGGGCUCGCUUCGUGGAAGAACAGCGACUUAAGGCGAUCUACGCGCGCGUAGAUGUUGGAUCGUCACCGUACCACAAGCCGCCGGCGGAGGAUUUCGCAGACGAGCCGCAGGUUCGUGCCUUGCUGCAACGCAUAGGGUUGGCUUCCGUAGUCUUGCGCAUCCAAGCAAUGGCAUUAGCUGCGGCAUCCGGGGGCCUAUAUUACAAGGGGAUUACGAGCGAGAGCCAGGCUGUUCUCGUCCAGUAUAUGAGAUACGCCUCGGCAAUCAUCGCGUUAUGCCUACAGCUCCUUGCGUUAGGCGAGGUUCUGUGGGCGUUGGUGACGCGCCCCAAGCGGACGCCUCGUGUACCCGCGCUCUAUUUGUGCAGCAUGAUUUGCAUCCUCAUGAUCACAACGGUUUACCGACUGGCAGCGAUGGGCAACCACACCACUUCGCUCACGUCAACGGCUCCGGGGUCACUGAACAGCCCUACUGCAAAGGCGCUGUUCUAUGCGCUUCACAUCGCGCCUGAGUGGCUUACUCGGAGCGCCAUGCUACUGGUAGUCAAUGUCAAAGAAUUGUAUGGGAUCAGCACGGGUCUGAAUAGUCUCUGACCGGUACAUGGGCAUUCGACUCGCACACCUUAGCUUGGGACGGAUGCGGCUCGCCGAUUACUAUACGAGUCUGUAGGGACUAAUG